UUCAUUGAUGUUUUUUUAAUAGCCCCUUCAAAUUGAUGCGUUUUUCUUACACUUAGCGUAAUCGUUCAUUUUCAAACGAUUACGCAAAUAACGAUGAACGCAUUGAGAUGCAUUUCACACCUCUUGUGUGGCUCUUCACAUGCAGUUAUCCCAUUAAAUUCAAUACACUAUAUAUGUCUAUUCACGUUUUUCUUAAUUAUGAUUAACAAUGUUACAACACAACGUUCAAUUUCGAGUAACAAUAUUUCUUAAUGCUGUGUGUGGCUGAAAAGUCUAUUUUUCUUAGCGACGCUAAUUACUCAUAAUCUGUCAAACACCGAUGCCGCUUAGGUGGAACAUUACACCGUUAUACUACACCAUGACGGUGCCGCUCCAUGCACAUAAAAUGCGCAAGCAAGACGUGUUUGGUCACUUUGUUUUUACAACCGAACUCUACCCGCGAUAUCAGAAAAUCGAAAUGGCAACCUCGAAUCCCAUCACGAAAAUCGGACGUCAGCAUGAAAAGACAUGGUCCCGUCUUCAGAAAAGAUUGUCCGACUGUACCUUCGAUUACUCCAGAAUCAUGCCGGAUAAUAUAAUCACUUUCCUGAUCCAUAAGGCCACAAGUGUCAACAGCUGCCUCGGCUAUCUCCUACCGACGAUCCUUGCCACUGUCUCCUACCUAUUGAGCAGAGCAAAAGUUACCGUUUCAACAGUGAAUCGCGAUCAAUCCACAAGCCUUUACACGAUAUUCGUCGGCUACCCUGGCACCGGGAAAUCUCCUGCUAUUGAACAUGGCUGUAUCAAGCCACUUCAAAGUGUCCUGCGAGACGACGUUAAAAACGGCCUUCUUGACCGAACAACUUCCUCCGGUUUGAUCAAACAUCUCUCCGUUCACGGGACUGGAUUUAUCGUUUCUCCUGAGGUUUCUGAUGUUUUAAAUAAACUCUUGAAAUCGGACGAGGAAACCUGUUCAGGAGACGCUAUGGUGCUGUGCAAACUUUUCUCGGGCGAACGAAUUUCGUUUCAUUAUGCGACUGAAAAUACGAGAGAGAUCGACGCAAACACACCCUUUUCCAUCCUUGGUUCAACUCAAAUGCCUAACGCUGCAAAACUUAUUGCCAAGAUGGACAAAGGUCAAGGAUUACUGGAUCGCUUUUUGAUUUCGGUUCCAAGCGCACGGUGCCCAAAAUCAAAAGAAAUUGAACAAUCGCUUCAAUACCUAUCCACCGAGUGUAUUGACGACUUUGACAACAUUUAUCGCUUGAUCACCCAGUUUCAUACGGAUAAUGUUGUUAAAUACACGUUUGAUGACGAGGCUGAAGACGCGAUGAGAAACGAACGGGAUGCCUUCAUCAGUGACAUCAACGAUGCCAUUGCCGACGGCGAAACAACACCUCCCAAGUCUAAGAAAUUGGACCUGUUACCGAGAAUGGCCGCAACCCUCCAUGUUUUACAACAUGCUAUGGAAUGUGCCUUAGCCGCUCAAGAAGACAUGUCAACAAUCCCUACGACCAUACCUAAAGAGACGUUCGAGAAAGCGAAAUUGUACGUGGAUCAUGUUGAGAAUCAAAAACACAUGCUGUGUGAGUUCAUCAAGUCCAUAACUAAUGACACCUGUGAUGAAGAAAGACCACAGCCGAACGCGGGGAACAUUAAGUCGGGAAUAUUGAUAUUUCCAGGCCCUGUUGUUACGUACAGGGCUUUCGUUCAAAGCGGCCCCCGUUUGACUAGGGGAAUAUCGAACGAAGAAUUCGUUAAUGCGACAGAGCAGCUAAAGGAAGAUUAUGGCCACACCAUUAAUGUCAGAGUUGCUAGGUCAUCAAAAACGGCGAGUCUGUUUGUCAAGAAAGCACCAAAUCAAUUCGAAGAAUGGCCCAGUGAAAUUUUGUGCAAAAGAGAAGAAUACGAAAACAGCUACCAUCGACCAUGUCACAAGGCUAUAUCGCCAAGCAUACGUAGAUUGCUUCGCCAACAAAACAUUUUGACCGAGGAACAACUGAACAUGUAG